CAUUUCAGUGCUACGCACAGCGCUCUUCCUGGUGCCCUGUGUUUUUGUCAGCCGGUGUGUUUCCAAGUUAUUCGCUAGUCUCGUAAUUCCUCUUGUCCAUUCCUUCUGUUAGGAUGUUACCGUCUGUUAACCGAACUGAGCAGUGAAACCAGCCGCUGAUUGGCUCUUUGAUUCCGCUGCUUCUGUGUUUGUCUCUGAUUUGGCAUGCUGUCAUCACCAGAGUUAUUUUGGGCGCAGAAGUUUUGAUGCCCUCAGCUCCAUCAUGGAGUCCUCAGAUUUGACCACACGCAGGAACGGGCGGCAGAGGAGAGUAGCAGGCGCCUCCACCGUGCCUGAGCACACUGGGUACAUGGACAGAGGGGAGACGAGCUCCCCUGAGCCAGAGAUGGAAGAAGAUGACAUCCUCAUCAGGAGAUCCGACUCAGAGGACAGGAGGCGUCACCGGGGGCGACUAGGGAUCCGUGGUGAACUGGGGAAUAUUUUACUCCUCCUGUUCCUCUAUGUGCUUCAGGGGAUUCCUUUAGGACUGGCCGGCAGCAUUCCUCUGAUCCUUCAGGGCAAGAAUGUCAGCUACAGAGACCAAGCCUUCUUCAGCUUUGUCUUUUGGCCGUUCAGUUUGAAGCUUUUCUGGGCGCCGUUGGUGGACGCCCUGUACUUCAGCAGGUUUGGGAGGAGGAAGUCAUGGCUGGUGCCCACUCAGUACCUGCUGGGCCUGUUCAUGCUCUACCUUUCAGUAACCGUCAACUCGCUGCUGCAGAGGGAGAAGGGACCUGAUGUGGUGACGCUCACUGCAGUCUUUUUUAUGCUUGCCUUCCUGGCAGCCACACAGGAUAUAGCUGUGGAUGGCUGGGCCCUUACAAUGUUAUCCAGAGAAAAUGUGGGUUAUGCAUCUACCUGCAACUCUGUGGGCCAGACGGCUGGAUACUUCCUGGGGAAUGUGCUCUUUUUGGCCCUGGAGUCUCCUGAAUUUUGCAACAAGUACCUCAGAUUAGUGCCUAAAGACACAGGCAUCGUCACCUUGCCAGAUUUUCUGUUUUUUUGGGGGGUGAUGUUCCUGGUUUCCACCACCCUGGUGGCCAUCUUUAAAAGGGAAAACAAUCAAGGCAGAGGGAGGAGGAACGUCCCGGAAGAGACUCAGGGUGUCAUGGAAACCUACAAGCUUCUGUUCUCGAUCGUGAAGAUGCCCACAGUCUUCACCUUCUGCUCCCUGCUCCUCACAGCUAAAAUCGGUUUCUCUGCAGCGGAUGCUGUUACGGGUCUGAAGCUGGUGGAAGCUGGAGUCCCUAAAGAGCAGCUGGCCCUCCUUGCGGUGCCCAUGGUGCCCCUGCAGAUCCUUUUGCCUGUGGUCAUCAGCAGAUACACGGCAGGACCCCGGCCCCUUGACGUCUUUUACAAAGCAUUCCCGUUCCGGCUGCUAAUUGGGCUCGAGUAUGCUCUGCUGGUGUGGUGGACCCCCAGUGUGAAACAAGAGGGAGGGUUCCCACUUUAUUACUAUGCCAUAGUCUUUCUCAGCUAUGCAUUGCAUCAGGUGGCGCUGUACAGCAUGUAUGUGGCCUGCAUGGCCUUCCACGCCAAAGUGAGCGACCCUCUCAUAGGGGGGACCUACAUGACCCUGCUCAACACGGUCACUAACCUGGGGGGUAACUGGCCCUCCACCGUGGCCCUGUGGAUGGUUGACCCCCUGACCUCUAAGGAAUGCCAGGGCGCCGUCGGUCAGAGCUGCAGCUCUUCUCUAGAAGCAGGGUUGUGUGUUAAAGAAGGAGGCGUUUGUGUGACGACGCUGGAUGGCUACUAUGUGGAGUCGGUGGUAUGCGUUGUGAUCGGUCUCCUCUGGUGGCUGUGGCUGGGGAAGAAGAUGAGGCGGCUGCAGGAGCAGAGCCCCGGCGCCUGGAGGUGCAGAGUAAACCAGUGACAAAAGUCCCACUGACACUUUAAGCGAGCGCAGCUUCAUGAUUUGCUCCAAAACCAGCUGGACUCAACCAGCACCUCACCUAAAUCUCCUGCUCUGGUCUGCCAGAUUUAGGAGACAUUUUACCAUCAAACCUGUCGCUUCGAUGUACACACGCACGAAGCGAAUCGCUGUUUUCUUUUUAUAAAAAAGCUGUAAUCAUUUAUCAUCACCAUCUUUUUAAAGCCUCCUUGUAGUUUUUAUUUACCGUGUUUUGCUGCUUUAAACCAAACAGAGGCUGGUUCGAAGAACAUGUUGGUCAAUAUUUGUUUUCCACUUUAGUUGCAGACCUUUAAAGAACCCAAAAGGUUCGUUAAAUAAGAUUUUUUAUAAGUUUCAACACUUUAAGCUCUGACUUAUCUGCCUUACAAGAAAGGAACAGAUGCAUUUAUAAUCCUAACUCAAAGCAUGAGUGAAGGGUUGCCGCAUGUACUGUACUCAAUGGGCUUUACUAUGAAGCAGGACUAGUGUCUCUAUGAUGGAUGUUCAGAGGGAAAUUUAACCUUUAUUGAACCCAUUAUUUAAUCAAAACAGCGAAUGAAAUAGGGGCACAUAUUUUUUUUUUUUACAGAAAAAGCAAGAGACUAUCUACAGCAUGUGGAUAUCGCUUGUUUUUUCCUUUUAUGUCAACUCAUUUAGGUUUACUAAGAAGCCCACUUUGUGUGACAUCAUACUCUCUAGUAAUAUCAAGUCUUGGUUUUAAUUCAAAUCCAGACAAAUGAAUAAAAUAAUCCUCGUCUCCUGUAAUUUAAAAGUGUUCAGCAUUACAUCUAGAUGUGUUUGCACUUAUUUGUCUUCUUAGUUUUAAGAAAAAGUUUGUUUUUAGUUGCACCUAUCAGGCUUUUGCUGGUUGAAGCCACUUUCUGGUUUUCUUUGAAGUCCGACAUGUAAGAUUUUGGAUUUUGUGUUUUUCAAAGGACUGUAUCAUAUAAAAAUAAAUAAGGAAAAAAAGACACUAUGAGUUCUUUGGAAAAUGUAGGUUUAAAUCCAGCAGAAAAUGAAGGAAGAUUAUUUCCGUUUAUGCAUCAAAGUGAAGGCCCAUAAAAGUCAUCACAUCAAACACAAGGCGCAUCAAAAUGUGUCGCUUUGUCAUUGAUAUCUCGGCUGGCAGGAAGUGAAGAGAGACUCAAGGAAAGCUUAAUAUAAAAUUUCAUGCAAAGACAAUUUUAUUAGUUUCACAAAUCCUGCUUUCCAUAAUUUAUGGCAAUAAAGCUCUAACAGGCUGGAAACCCGGUGUCCAUAAAAAAAUAGCUGCAUUCAAAAUAUAUUAAAUCAAUGUUAAGUUGACAGCGUUUAUGAAAUAUUCACCAACCCUAACUUGGACUUUUACAACAGGAACGACUGUUUACAGUUUUUUUUAGAUAUACAUUUUCUCUUUAUUGCCUGAUGCAAACAGAUCCAACAGAAUAAGACUGAAACUAGCCUCUAGAAUAGAUGCAUGCAUAUUUAUGAGAUCAGUUGUAGACAAUCAGAUCUGCUUUAAUC